AUGGAUACAUGCGAUCUGUUACCAUCAUGUUUUGAUGAUCAUAUCGGCGAUUGCAAUUAUUAUGCUAUCCAUUCUAAUAGCGGGCUGUUCUUCCAACAAUCUAAGCAAUAUAUACUUGUUGUCGCUAGAAUAUUCAGCGAAAGAUCCUCCAUUAUCUACAACACCCGGACAAAUAUUGCGCAUGCCAUUCACAAUGUGUUUCAAACUGGCAAUGGAACAACUCUCGAGGUGCGAGCGGGGUACAUGGGGAUCUGCGUCACGCAGAGCCACAUCGGACGCAUCUGCUCUACCAACGCCCAGGUAUUGGCAAAUUUGUUCCAGGCACAAAAGCAUGUCAAAAAUGGGACAAGCACAGAAAUUGUACCCGACCCGCUCAAUUUGAUCAUGAUUGCGAAUGAGUUUAAGGAGAAGAUUGUAUUCGAUGGGCUGAUAUAUAUCGUGAUAGCCUUGAUGUUCAUCUGUAUUCUCAUCCUAUCAUCGUUCCCUGGAUGGAAUGAGGAAGUUGAUGACAGCGGCUCAAUCCGCAUGGUGAGGCCAUUUCCUAGCAUGCCUCUGUCGCAGAUUUGUCUACUCGGUUUUCUUUGUAGCAGUGCAUUUUGUCUUAUCUCCGUAUUGUGGCAGCAUAUCAACAGCAGUGCUGCGGCGACAAUGACCGAAACACUCACAUAUGGCGCUGUUUCGGCCCAUGUGGGAGGCGCGGCGAUGGCGUUAGGAUGGCUCUCUGUAGGACUGAUUGCGGUAGUCAGUAUCGGGAUUCUCGUGAUGAUAUUGAGUAUAAGUAUUCUUAGGAAACUUAUGGAGGAUGACUAG